GUUUAUUUUAAAAUAAAUAGUUUGGGUGUAUUAUUCCGCUGUUAUUCAAGAAAUCAACGUUUCAUAAAUGUAUAUAUAUUUGUACGUGUAAGUCUUAACAUGUUACAUACAGCGGAGUUUAGAUGAAAGCAAAACGAUCGGCAAAUAGAGAAGCGCUUUAGAGGCAGCUGAUUGGUUAGCUAUUAAUCACGUGAUUGAUGGCAAAGAGAACGUAUGCAAUGAAUUGAGGAACAUCAUGUCAGUUGUGGAGCAGAAUGAAAUAAAUUUUCCAGAUUUCGAGAUGCAGAAAGCUAGCUACUAUUAUAAUCAGCAAUCGUUUAAUUCCUAUUAUCCAAAUGAGAACGGAUAUUGUUACGAGGGAGGUGUGCAAAAUACUACAGGUGGAAGUUACGGGGACCCUAGUCCGUCACCCCCGGGCGGGGACUAUUUCCCCCAGGGUCAGCAGUGUGGGCUGACCCCGGGGUCGAACGCUGUUGUGGGCAAUGGGGAUAUGAGCCCAAAUCAUUACAGGGAUCAAUUUUCGUCUCAGUGUGUGCAAGCCGUCGGAUGUAGCCCAAAUUUGGACCCUCAGAGUCCGACAGGGACCGGAAAUGUCAAAAAGGAGAUAUACCCCUGGAUGAAGGAAUCGCGGCAAAACACCAAACGUCAGCAGACGCUACAACAAACUACGAAUCAACAACAGCAACAGCAGCAACAACAACCACCACCAGCUUCGCAAACGCAGAUUUCCGGUCAACAACAGCCGCAAAAUCAAAAUCUCGGUGAACCAACAAAACGUGCACGGACAGCGUACACCAGCGCCCAGUUGGUCGAGCUGGAGAAGGAGUUCCACUUCAACCGUUACCUCUGUAGACCCAGAAGGAUUGAGAUGGCUGCUCUACUAAACCUCACUGAGAGGCAGAUCAAAAUAUGGUUCCAGAAUCGACGAAUGAAGUACAAGAAAGAACAACGCCAGAAACAUGUCGAGAAAGGAUUGGGCAAGAUGGACGGUAACCUGUCGGGGGAGAGCGACAGUGAGGAGUCUUAUUCCGGGGGUCAGGACUCUCUAAGUGACUGUGGUAGUAAAUCCCAGCCCGGGGGAGGCAGUCCCGACCCUACGGGCAGGCGGCCGUUACCCCCGGGCCAUCUAACCUCGCCUCAUCCUCAGUCCCCAAGCCCCGGGCAGCGAUCUCAUCAAAACCUCGGCAUGCCCCCCGGGCAUUACCCGAGCGCCGCGGACAUGUACAAUCACGUCGGUGGACCCCCUCCCUCUCACGCCCAGACCAGUCCAUCGUGCCUCAAACAGUCCAACUCUCCCGUGCCCACGAUGUUGAAUCAUCCCGGGGAUAUUAACCACGUGACUAUGAACUGUAUGAACAACAUGAACAACUUGGAGAUGCAGAGAUAUAACAAUCAUCAUUCAAUACAGCACUACAACAUACCGAUGAAUCACCAUCAGAACAACCCCGGGGUUUACCCUGGUGGGGGUGGGGGAGGGGGUGGGAGUCACCCCUACAUGAACUCGUACUCUAUGUAUCCGGAUAUGGGCACGUGUCACGAUGACCCGGAUCAAGGCCAAAUCGCGGGUCACAUGACAGGAAUUCCGUGUGGUGUUGCUGGCGGCAUGAACGCGUACCAUCAGGGUCCCUACGAUUAUAUACCAAAGCUUACUCAUUUAUAAUCGGAGUGUUUGGAAUUUUAGAUGAUUUCUUUCUUCAAAAUGUAGAAUUCGUAGAAUCGGAACAGAAAUGUGGUUUUGCUAAAUGGUUUAGUAUCUUGAAGUUGUGUUUAUAAUUGUUAAAUGAAUUUGAAACGAGAAUUGGAUAUAUGAGAAUUUUGAUUGUGUGCAUUAAUAGAUUAUUUUUACUUGCAAAAACUAUAUAAAUAUAUCGACGGCAUUUCUUGAUGUAAGUAUGACUUGUAUUACCUCCCUUUGUUUUCAAAACACGUGUGUUUCAUUAUUAAAGAAAGCAUUUUUUUAAUUGACGAAAACUAAAAUGCAUUACUUAAUUUUGUAUCUAUUGUAAAAUAAAUGUUUGUUGAGUGUGAUAGUAUCAAUAACUAUAUUUAUCAUUUGGUUCUAAAACAUAUGACUGUCUUUUUAAAAAAAAUAUCAUGCCAUGAAUAGUGUCUAAAGAGCGAUGUUUUCAAAUUGUCUAGAGAUUAAAAUGCGAAUGCUCUUUUACACAGUGUACCAUGACUUAUUGCAUGAUAUUUUUUAUACGUAAACAUACAUAUUAUGAAUAAAGAAAUUCAUUCAUUUUUUUUCUUCUAAAAUAUGAGAGUGCAAGGUAUCUGUUUACUGUGUUAAACAAAUGUCAUGAAUGAAAAUAAGUUCCCAUAAAAUCAAUGAAAAGAAUUCCUCAUUCACAGAAAGAAAUUUUCAGAACUUUAAAAUCGCUUGGAACCGCGGAAUACGCAAACAAAAAGACUGGUUCACAGGUCCCGUGUUUUCCCUUAAUUUUCUUUCGCAGAAGACCGUAAAAUAAACCCAGCAUACUCCAGUUCUUGAUCCGGAACCCCAAAACGGAAGAUAUGUUUGUUUUGCGCUAGUGAAACUCUGCAUCUGGUCUCUUCAAAGUCAAAUAGAAAAUCACAAUUAACGAAAAUGAUAAAGUUUACGUUAUUCAUGUUUUAUUUGAAAUAGAAAUAAGUAGUUUUUUUUAAAAUCCACAUGUCUUAUUAUUUUAAUUAAUGCUAAUAUCUGCAUCUGUUUUUACCGUCGUAUGAAACUUUAUUAAAUUUUGUGAUAUUAAAGCUGUCGUUUAUUUAAGCAUAUCACUACGAUAAUAUUUGAGUUUAAUGUAAUUCUCUCUUCAUAAAGUUGUGCAUUGUUUAAAAGUGUGUGGUUAGACUUUGAAUUUACAAAUGAAAACUUUAAUUAAAUUAAAUUUUCAGUGUUAAGAAAGACUAAAAAUACAGGGGAAAUUAUUUCUAUUAUGUAUUAAAACUAUUAAUAUGAAUAUUCAAAUAUAAUAUAUUUUUAUAAUAUGAUAAUAUAAUUGAAAAGGCCUGUAAUAAUAAUACUAAUAAUUAUAAUAAUAAUAAUUUGUAAUUAAUUAAUAAUAUUAUAAUUAUUAGUAUUAUUAUUAUUAUCAUUAUUAUUAUUAUUACAAAAAUGUACUAUUGUUGACUUUUAAAAUAUAAAACAACAACAACAACAACAUCACCCACAAUAUUAAUAAUAAUAAUAAUAAUAAUAAUAAUAAUAAUAAUAAUAAUAAUAAUAAUAAUAAUUACUAUAAUAAAUAUUAUAAUUAAUAUUAUAAUCAUAUGUAUCAUGAUAAAUAAUAAUGGUAAGAAUAAUAGUUCCGAAAGGGAAAAUUAAAUAUGUUUAAGAUACAUAUCUUAUCUAUAUUAUUUCUCGUAUAUACAUGUAUAAAUGUCGGCGCUCCUAAGCUGUAAGCAAUUAAGGGAAACAUUUAUUUCAACGGCUUUGGUUGAAAAAGUGAAAAACAGAAGCAACAUUCAGUUAUCUUUCGACAGGGUUUACAACCGGUGGAGGUGGGUGGAUUUUUUUCAGAAAUGAAGCAUGAAAUUCACGAGCAUUUUUUAAACGGAAAUUGGUUGUGUUUUAUGUACAUGUGUAUGUUUGAAAAUGCCGUCAAAACAGAUGCUUCAGGAAGCGUCGAAUUAAAUCUACAAACCACUUGUUUAUAUCGUUUUAAAUCUAAAAGUAAUUCAAGAUUUUCAUUAAAAUUAUGCGUUGAAAUGUUUUAUCCAAUUAUUAAUUUAUUCCUACAUCGACGUUUGCACAUGUAUAUUGUUAAAGGCCUGUGAAUUAUCCGACUCUGAAAAAUAUAAACAUAAUAAAUUUGUUAUGCAUGGCAUGUAUAUUUUAAGUCACUAGAAACGAUAGAAAUAUAGACGAUAUUUAUUAUUAAGUGUUUCUGAAAUUAGGCACUAAAACAAAAUUUUCAUCAUUUCAUUUUUCAAUGAAAUACAGAGUGUGACGUGAAUGAAACAGAAUUAUGAAUGACAGCCUAUCACCCUUAAUGGUCAACAUUAUAUUUUGACCAAUUUAGAAGGCAGUAUCCUUCAAUUUUGCCAAAACAUUUAUUUCAGGAAAUAAGCAGUCAGCUAGUUAUUAAUGUAAUCAGGUGAAGCGGUAGAUAUAUUAGUUUACACAAUAUUAUGUCGGCCACUAGAAAAUAACGAUUGUUAGUAUAUAUGUAGUAACACUAAAUAAAUGGUUCGGCGACCGAUUCGCAUCAAACUUUUUUUAUUCUAGUAAGUAAGUAAAAGCCUUUAACCAUGACAUAGCGUUAUAAUUAAGGUAUCCGAGGAAAAAUAUGUGAAUUUUGUAUACAUUGUGACCCAUAUUAUUUUGAUAUCAUAUGAAAGCAUUUGUGUAAAGAAAUAAACAAUAAAAAGCAUAUGCCGAAACUUUUACAACAGACAAGCUUUUGUGGCCGUCAGAGACUGCGAAAUAUGUCAUUUUCGUACACUUUCAUUUGAAAUACUACUAAAAAGCAGAUAUACUUUUAAUGUAAUAUCUAUAAGUGAUGUACUUAUAUUUGUUUUACAUAUAAGUAACCAGUCAUCAAAUACCUUUCAAAUAAUACCAUUAUUGUAUGGGGUCACUAUGCAUAACAAAUGAAAUAUUAUGGUUAUUAAUGGAGGUUACAGGAAACUAAAUUAUUUGUGAGUCAGAUUUCUUAAAUAAAAUGUGUGAGUUAUUUUGAAUAUUGUUUUCCAUUGUAUAUGAUGAUUAUAUUAUAGAGUGUAGUUUUAAUUAUGAUAUACAUGUAUGUGUGUUUUCAUAUGAACAAAAAUCUUAGUUAUUUUACCAUGAUUGUGUGAAUAAAAUGGUCAGAAAGAAAAAAAAUGUUCCGGUUUCAGGCUGAAAUAUAGAUUUGUCAAAAUAUUGAUAUUUUUUUUAUUAUCAUUAUUUUUCAUAAAAAAUAUGUAUAUGCAUAAAGCUAGCGUAUAUUUAACUCUUGAUUUGGUUUUUUUUCAUUAUUAAUUUAAAUUUCCCUACUUUAAUUUCAUUGUAAUUGUUACAAAUGUAAAGCAUCAAUGCACGGUUGAGACCGCAACAUUUAUUUCCAAUGACCAUAAAAAUACCUUUAACGAGAAAAUAGGGUAAAUAUUUGUUAUUUUACUUUAAGUGGAACAAUUCCCAUACUAUAUUUUGUGUUUAUUGGAUAUUAAUUGUUGAUAAAAUAAAAAAAAAAAAUGAAAA